UCGAUUAAGCCGGUUUUAAACAUCACUAUUCCGAAUACUGCUUUGACGUUAUGAUUAAGGUUUGAAGGAAUUUAAGUAAAUAUUUACUUCGUUUAUAUUUUCAUUAUAAACAAAAUGUCGAAUAUAACAUCAAGAGUUUUUGCGGCGAUGCAGAAUUUAGAUAUUGCAGCACUUUCCACUUACCCAUCUCACGAAAUACGUCCGGUACUACCUUCGCUUGUAAGGAUGAGUUUGCUGUCUCCUCUUGAUAAUACGGAGUCAUCAAUGGAAUCUCGAAAACAAAUCUUAGCGGUAUUAAUUGGAAUAGAGGUGGUAAAUAGUAUAGUUUCCUACUUGCAAGUGAAUUAUCAUGAGCUAGAACAGGAAUUAAAAAAAGAGUUGCAAGCACGACAGAAGUCUAUCUAUUUCGAAGGACAACAGCAUGAAUUUGGUUUGCAAACCGGAAUAGCUCUUGGAUUUGAGCGCGCUGACGUUACUCGGAAGGUGCGGGUUGUAUUAUCUGAGAUUUUUAAUAUUCAAUGGCAAUUAUCGGAUCAAAAAACAUUUUUACAAUCAGAGAUUCUUGACGAUGGAAUCUAUUUGGAGGAAGUUGUCGAUAUUUUAUGUAUUGCCUUGGCAGAACUUCCUUCAUUACUGAAUAUUUUGGAAUUGGCAGAUGCAUUGGUUCAUGUGCAGAACGGACAACGUAUUAUUUGCGCUUUAGUCGCAAAUUUUCCCGAUUGUUACAGAGAUGUGAUUACUCAUAUUAUUGUUAAUUGUGACGAAGAAAGCAAUGAAGGGAAAUUAAAACUCUCAUUAUUAAUGGCGUUAAACGAAAUGAACCCAUCCCAAGCAUUGCCAACGAGAUCUAUUUGUGUAGAGAUUCUAAAAGUUCCUUCUUUUAUGCUUAAACUUUGUUUAAAGUUUCCCGAAGACUUGGUCGCAUUUCUCACUGGUAUGCUUCUCGGCAAUGAUCAAAAUGUUCGGACGUGGUUUGCUAUUUAUAUACGAUCUAGUCAAAAAAGAAAAAGCGACGCAUUAAACUUGGUACGAGUAGAGCUCUUACAACAAUUGCAAAAAAUCGUGCAAAAGUCCUUAAAUCCUGGCAGUGGUGAAGAUUAUACAGUACAAGGUGUGGUGCUAAUGCGUCUAUAUUGCGCCCUACGCGGAAUAGCCGGACUGAAAUUCAAUGAUGACGAAGUUAAUAUGUUAACGCAACUAGUUACUAGCCGACCGCAACCAACACAAUCUGGACUUCGAUUUGUUUCCUUGGCCCUUUGUAUGCUCAUUGCGUGUCCGUCACUGGUUUCUACAACUGCACAUGAAAAUAAAUCAGUUGAAUGGCUACAAUGGCUUAUAAAGGAAGAUAAAUUUUUUGGCAAAAAGUCAGAUACGUCUGCAUCGUUGGGUGAAAUGUUGCUGCUGCUCGCAAUACAUUUUCAUAGUAAUCAAAUAACUGCAAUCAGCGAGUUGGUGUGUUCUACAUUAGCCAUGAAAAUUCCCAUUCGUCCAAAUAGUACAAAUCGUAUAAAACAAGUUUUCACUCAAGAUCUUUUUACGGAGCAGGUGGUUGCGUCUCAUGCAGUUCGAGUGCCAGUUACACCUAAUUUGAAUGCAAAUAUUUCCGGAUAUCUUUCGGUUCAUUGUAUACAUCAGUUAUUGAAAUCACGAGCAUUUUUAAAACAUAAAGUUCCUAUUAAACUAUGGAUUUAUAAACAAAUCUGUAGUUCUGUACGACCAGUGCAUCCUGUAAUGCCAGCUUUAAUAGAAGUUUAUGUUAAUACGUUGAUAGUGCCGAAUCCUUCAGGCAAAGUCAAUGUUGAUCACAUGCAUAAGCCAUUCUCGGAAACCGAAAUUUUACAUAUAUUCAAAUCUUCGAAAGCCACUACUAUUGAUAGUAAGAAUAUCUUUGGAGCCACCCAAACCCUAUCUUUUUGCGCCACAUCCGUAGAACUGGACGAAAUAAUGGGCAUUGAAGUUAAAUGCAAUCUAACGGCUCAAUUACUGAUACUAUACUAUUUGGUUCUUUAUGAAGAAAUACGCCUCUCAAAUUUACAUAACCCAUCUACGGCGGGAAGAAAAAUAAAAGAGUAUUCAAAUAACUUCCUGGCAGAACUGCCUAUGAAGUAUUUGUUGCAGAAAGCAGAGCAAUAUCAAAAUGAUUACGCUGGUCUAUUUCACCCAUUACUUCGUUUGAUUAUUUCCAACUAUCCGCACUUAAGCAUGGUUGACGAUUGGAUGGAGGAGCAUUAUAUAUCAAAUUCGAUUUCCCCGAAUCUCAUGGUAAAUAAACAAAUUGACCGUCCUCUUGUUAUUAAGGCGCUUGAAAAAAUAAGUACAAAGCCGUCAAUAGCAAUACGGGUUUUUAAAGUGCUCCUAAAGCUGCCUGCUGAAGAUCUGGCGCAGUAUACAGAUCUAAUAGUUGAGAAUAUGCCAAAAGUUUUUCUGAAAAACGUUCCACGAAUUAUUCAAGAAUUAUAUAAGGAUAUAUGGUUACGACUUAAUUCUGUAUUACCCACUAGUUUUUGGAAAAUGUCCUUAAAUUCCGUAAUGAAUGCGGAUACUGGUGCUACAAGAUGUACAUAUGUUAAUGAAGAUUUAUUGGAUCCAUUGCAAGUUCUAAGAUGCGGUAAACUUGUGUUUUAUUCUCCCUACACGCUUAUGAUAUUGCUGCGCAUAUUGCAAGGCAGUUUGGCCGCAUCUAAAGCUUUCCUCAACAUACAAAUGCAAUCCAAACAGAUAUUAGACAAGAAUGGUCAGUUGCAAUCUGACAGUGACCGCGAUGAAUUGAAGACAGCAUUGAUUGCCUCUCAGGAGAGCGCUGCUGUGCACAUACUUUUGGAGGUUUUAGCAGAUAUGAAUAAAAAUGCAAAGGACACCGUAUCAACUUUUUCGCUACGAGAAACGCAAGGUAUAAUCUGCUCAUUCAUACAUCAGGCUUUUAUAUCGGAACCUUCGUUGGCUAAACUAGUUCACUUUCAAACGUAUCCGCGAGAAGUUAUACCGAUGAUGGUAAUGGGAGUACCUUCAAUGCAUAUAUGUAUUGAUUUUUUGCAUGAAUUUCUAAGUAUGCCGGAAAUGGAUAAACAAAUUUUCACUAUCGAUUUAGCAUCACAUCUCGUUCUUAAAUACGCAAUACCCAAAAGCUUGAGUGUUUCAAAAUUCUGUAUUAACACAGUCCAAUCUUCCUUAUCUUUACUUUCCACACAUGCAAAGUGCAAGUUUUUAAGUAACGUUCUUCCGGCCCUUAUUCGAUUCGCCGAAGCUUUUCCAAUUUUAGUUGACGACUGUAUUAAUAUUUUGAUGUUAACUGGAAAGAGUUUGCAUUCACAGGGAACUUUAGGUAUUAACUCCACACAAAUGCAACUUACAUCAAAUACAAAACAAAAAUGCUUUAAGGAUACACAACAAUAUAUCAGUAUGAUAGAGGAAGCUUUUGAAACGCUGAUUACUAAAAUAGUGAAUAAAGUUGAACUGUAUUGAAAAUGUGCUACAAAUGUAUAUAAUCAAUUCUAGAUAACCAAAACUAGGAGUUAUUAAUAAUAAAUUGUACUGAAAAUCACAGUGAUUUCCUCGUUAUUUUAUUUUAUAAAAUUAAUAAAAAAUUAACUGUUUAUUCGA